AGGAGGAGAGGGAAGUGCAGAGAACAUUGUUUGGCUGACAGAAGAUUUGAGAAACGACUGCAACAAAAAGGCCGGAUGGGAGUCUAUACUGACACGCAUACACACCCACAACACAGACAUGGAUAGACUGCGGCCGACCAGUGACUCCGGUCGACUACUGCCAGUGGUACCCAAAGACCCUCUCACUAAUGCAUUAGAUGCCAUUGUGGUCAGCACUGAUCUCAUCGAGGAUGCACUCCGACCUCACCUGGAAACAGUACUUACUGUCAUACAGGAAAAACAGCGUGGGGCUGCGGAACAGGUGGCAGUGAGUGGUGUAUUACCUACUCUGGCUCAAGCCCUUAGGAGGAGAGGACCGCUUACUUUAAUGACUGCUAAACUGGUGUCAGAACUGGCCAGAGAAACGGUGAUCAGGGAGAGGUGUGGUGAGACAGGGGUGUCAUCUGCUCUGCUGUCUGUGCUGCUCUCCAGGGAUCAGGAGCUACUGAUACACGCUGGCCAGCGCUUAUCGCUCGUAUCUGCUACGAGAGCCGUGACAUGGGAGAGGGGGGAGGAUGGAGGUAUAUCGUGGGAGAGAGGCGUGUCGCUAUGCCCCGAGGAGUCUGUGUUUCGUGGCGUGACUUGUCACUCCUGCGGCUUUGGCUCCAUGGUUACAGUCGUCAGACUGACCCAGUGGUCGCCCGGGCAACACACCGUCAGCAUCGAGGUGUUAUCCCGUUACUCCAUCGGGUUCUGGACAAUGCAUAACAACCACCGGACAGUGCGACGUUCGCCACUCUCUCACCUGGGAACGUGUCCUAGGUUCUACAAAGCCAUCAAGUACUCCGUCCAGAACAUUCCCAACAGUAGAAGCCUCAAGUCACUGAUCUUCCACAUCUUCCUUUGA